AUGAUCGAGCGACAACUGUCACUGUGGGAAAAUGCUGAUGGUGUCAUCAGCGAGGACAAGAUGCUGCGGGAAUUGCAGUUUGCCAGGGCAGCAGAGUCUUCCAGUGCAAGGGACUGGGGUUGGCCAGCGAAGUCUUCUCAGACGGCAGGCGGCUGCAACAGCUUCCGGGCUAUAUGGGUGCGUGACAGCGAUCUCAACGUCUGUACGGAAGAUAACCGUUCUCUAGGGAUUGGUCAUGUCCGCUAUCCGACCAUGGGUACCGCGUCUGCGUCGGAAGCCCAGCCAUUAUACGUUAAUGCCCCAUUCGGAAUCUCACUGACCGUGAAUGGGAACGUCAUUAAUACCGAGGAGCUCCGCAGAUACCUCGAUGAGGAAGCUCACCGGCAUAUCAACUCCGAUUCCGACUCGGAGCUUCUGGACGCUGAUGGCAUCCGCCCCCUUUGCAUUGGGUCACGACCCUCAGCUACCAUAGCAGGCGUAUAUGAUUACUUCAUGGCGUCAGAGUCAGUUGUACUACAGCAACUUGGCUUUCGUGAUAUUGUGGAUAUAUUGCCAGGCCAGGCCGUCUUCUGUCCAAAAGGCGGCACUCCUAUCUUUCGCCAGGUUGCUACGCAGAGAGGUUAUACUCCUGACACGUUUGAAUACAUAUACGUUGCCCGACUAGAGAGUUGGAUUGAUGGUAUAUCCGUAUACCGCAGUCGGCAAAAGAUGGGAGAGAAGUUGGCCGAGAAGAUCAAAGGCGUCCUUGGAGAAAAGGGUGUCGAGGAGAUUGACGCGAUUAUUCCAGUUCCAGAGACGAGCAACGUCGCGGCAGCUGCUUUAGCUCAGAAAUUAGGGAAGCCGUACGUGACGGCCCUCGUCAAGAACCGCUACGUCCAUCGCACCUUUAUCCUGCCUGAUCAGGCUUCACGCCUAAAGAGUGUCCGCCGUAAAUUCUCUUUCGUCGAGUCAGAAUUCCAAGGCAAGAACCUGGUCAUCGUCGACGACAGCAUCGUCCGAGGCACAACGUCGCGACAGAUUACUGGAGUCAAGGUUGUGACGCUGACGUUCGAAGCUCUAAUUGCCUACAACAGGACGCAGCGAGAAAUCGCCGAUUACCUAGGCGCUGACGAAGUCGUCUUCCUAGACGUCGACGGCGAGAACGGAUUGAAGGCGGCGUGCAUUGAAGCCGCUCAGGGUGAGACUCCAAUCAAAGAUAUGGAAAUAGGCGUAUUUACGGGCGGAUACGUGACUGGGCUGCCAGAUGGAUAUCUCGAAAACCUGAGCGACCUUCGAAGUGGCCGCCGGCAGCAGAAGGUUGGCUUUGAAAGCCAAAAGGCUGGUGAGGACGAGGAGGGAAGGGUGGCUGCGAGGCCAGCACCUGCAGGCCUGCCAUGCUCGGGCGACGCUGCUACCCCCGACCACCGCGAGGAUAUCAAGCAUGUGGUUUGUGAAAGCCGAAGCUACCAGAGCCGUGACUAA